AUGGCCCUCUUCCGACCCCGUCCUCUCCCGCGUUUCGCUUCGACUUCGACAGCGUCAGAGGCAAAAAAGGCGUUCAGCAAGACCUUGCUACUCCCAAAAACUAGCUUUCCGCAGUGGACGGACCCUAAUAGGACGGAAAGGGCGUUGAGGGAGAAGACGUGUGAUGCGCUGUAUCGCUGGCAGCGCGAGAAUGUCACUGGACCCAAGUUCGUGUUGCAUGAUGGCCCGCCAUACGCAAAUGGGGACUUGCACAUGGGCCAUGCGUUGAACAAGAUCAUCAAGGACAUCAUCAAUAGGUAUCAACUGUCUAUGGGUCGCAAUGUACAUUAUGUACCCGGCUGGGACUGUCACGGUCUACCCAUUGAGAACAAGGCUCUCCAAUCCGUCGAGGACCCAUCCUCCCUCUCCGUCCCCGCCCUCCGCUCCCUCGCCCACCAAACAGCCCAAACAGCCAUCUCGUCCCAAAAAUCCCAGUUCCGCACCCUCGGCAUCCUAGCAGACUGGGACUCCCCCGCCCACACCUACCGCACGCUCGACCCCGCCUACGAGCUCCGCCAGCUGCGCGUCUUCCGCUCCAUGCUCUCCAAGGGCCUCAUCCGCCGCGCUUUCCGGCCCGUGCACUACAGUCCGAGUUCAAAAAGCGCGCUGGCGGAGGCCGAGCUGGUGUAUAAGGACGAUCAUGUUAGUCAUGCGGUGUUUGUGGCGUUCAAGGUGGAUGGGGAGGAGUUGAUGGGCGGAUUGGCGGAGGGUGGGGUGCGGGAGGUUAGGGCGCUUGUUUGGACUACGACGCCGUGGACUUUGAGCGCGAAUAUGGCGCUGGCUGUGAACGAAGAGAUGGAGUACUCGCUUAUACGCGCCCCGCAAGCCGAUACGGUCUACCUCGUCGCUACAGCGCGUAUAUCCGAAGCCGCGCGUGUACUAGGGUUCUCCCAGGAUCAAGACACGCUACACACUCUGCGCACAAUAUCCGGCUCGAAGCUCGUGGGCAUGAAGUACUCCCCGCUCUUCUCUGAGCUGGGGGGCGCGGAUACGACGGAGAAGAGUGUGAUAGCGGCGGACUUCGUUGGCGACGACUCGGGGACGGGUAUUGUGCAUCUCGCACCGGCACACGGACACGAAGACUACAAAGCGCUCCCCUCCGCGCGCGGCGACGACCUCAUAUGCCACGUCGGUGCCGGCGGUCUAUACACAUCAAAGCUUACAUCCACCCUGGGACCAUCUGCACAACACCUUGUCGGCCAACCCGUACUUGGUCCCGGUGCGAAGGGGAUGGUCGACUUGCUCAGGGACGGUGUAAAGGGCGCAUUAAUUAAGGUCGAGAGGUACAAGCAUCGGUACUUCUACGAUUGGAAGACGGGCGAACCGGUUAUUGUGAGCGCUACGAGCCAGUGGUUCGCUAAUCUUGAUGGGGUGAAGGAGAGGGCGCUUGAGGCUAUAAAAGAGGUCAAGUUCCUGCCGGAGCAAUCGAGGAGACGACUUGAAGCGUUCGUGAGCGGGCGCGACGAGUGGUGUAUAUCGCGUCAGAGAGCAUGGGGUGUACCCAUCCCCGCGCUCACGCAUGUACCCACCGGCGAAGUUGUUCUUACACCAGAGAGCAUGGACCACAUCAUCUCCGUCCUCGAACAACACGGAACAGACCACUGGUUCACAGCCCCCGCAUCCACCUUCGUCCCCCCCUCCCUCCUCGCCAACACCGACCCGUCAGAAUGGACCAAGAGCACCGACACCCUCGACGUCUGGUUCGACUCCGGCUCAUCAUGGGCUAUGCUCCCCACCCGCGACGACAAUAAACCCCGCGCGGACGUAUGCGUCGAAGGAAGCGAUCAACAUCGCGGGUGGUUCCAGAGUCAGCUGUUGACGUACGUCGGGUCUGGAGUUGCUGAGAGUGAUGGGAAUAAGGGAGCGCCGUAUGGUGCGCUGUUGACGCAUGGGAUGGUGCUGGAUGAAAAGGGCGUUAAGAUGAGUAAGAGUAAGGGGAAUGUGGUGGAUUUCGGGAAGAUCGUUGCUGGUGGCGCGGACAAGAAGAAGGAUCCGGCGUAUGGCGCUGAUGCGUUGAGGUUGUGGGCUGCUACGGUCGAGUAUGGACGGGAUAUGGCCAUUGGGAGGACGGCGAUGAAGCAGGCUGGUGAGGCGCUGCGUAGGAUUCGCAACACGCUGCGCUUUGCGCUGGGUAACAUCGGUAGUGCGGAGAGCGAGGAGGUGAAGAAGGAAGAGCUUGGGUUGGCCGAGCGGUACGUGAUGCACCGCACAUGGGAGCUCGAGAAGACCGCGCUCGAAGGAUACGAGGCGUACAACUUUGCGAAAGUGGUUAACGCUCUGACGACAUACACGACUACGACGCUCUCGGCCUUAUACUUCGACAUCACCAAGGACGCGCUAUACGCGUCUGCUCCUACAAGCCUUGAGAGGCGAAGGGCGGUCACAGUGUGCCGAGCGGUCCUGAAGACGCUCACGCGGAUCUGUGCGCCCGUCACGCCCUUCCUCGCCGAAGAAGCGCACUGGCACGCCCAACGCGCUCUCACUCCUCCGUCUUCCCAACCCAAUGAAAGCGAAAUCGGCACGACGGGUCGCAGCCUGUUCGAAGAACCCUGGACGCCGCUGAACGAAAGCAAAUGGAAAGACGAGCUCGCGGCGAAGGAGAUGGGCUCGCUGUUGAAAGUCCGGGGUAGCGUAUUGGGGUUGUUGGAAACGGCGAGGAGGGAUAAGUAUAUGAACGGCAGCCUUGAGGCUGAGGUUGACGUGAUCUUGCCUAGCGGAGGGAAGGCAGGUGAUGUUGGGGAGUUGUUGAGGCGUGAGGAGGGGACGCUUAAGACGCUGUUCAUCGUUUCGGACGCAAAUGUCGUUGGUGAAUGCGCCAUCGAGUCGGAUAAGGAGGAGUACGACUGGGUGUAUACGGAGAACGUUGAGGUUGAGGGGGUCAAUGUGGGGUUGAGGUUGAGACCGGCGAGGAGAGACAAGUGCCCGAGGUGUUGGACGUUUACAAGGGAAGAGGAUGAGAGGCUUUGUCGGAGGUGUGAGGGUGUAUUGGGAGAGCUAGAGGGCUCGCAUAGUCAUUGA